AUGCCUUUCAAAUGGGAUGCCAUGGCUGAGCGAAACCUCCUUCUCCAUGUCAUCGGUGAGAUGAAUGGUCCAGGCGCAGCGAUCUGGGAGGGAGUCGCUGCCAAGCUUGGCGGAGGCCUCAAUGGCAAUGCCUGCAGCCAGAAAUUCUACAAGUUGAAGAAAGAAUCAGAGAAGCUUCUCAGUGGUGAUGGUGCCGACACCCCUGCUCCAGCUAAACCCGCUGCUACGCCACGCAAACCUCGUGCACCCAAACUCAAUGAAGAUGGUACUCCAGUUAAGGCAACCUCCCGCUCUCGAAAGAAGAAAGCAGCUCCAAACGAUGACGGCGCUUCUGAAUCUCUUUCAAAGAAGGUCAAAGUCGAGGGUCAAGAGACCGAUGGAGACGAUGCUGAUGCUGCAACUGAGGCAAAUGGUGCUUCUACUGGCGAUGUCAAGACCGAAGACGGCUAG